AUGCAGGGCUCAGUGGCAAUUAGCAUGUCGGUGCAUGAGACAUCCUUCACCUUCAUCUGCGCGCAUCUCAACGCGGGGGAGGAGCGCGCUGAUGCUGCCCGCCGCACAUUUGACUUCCUCGAGAUUCUCCGCCGCACCACCUUCCCCAGGGAGCUGCCGGACCCAUGGACUGCCAGGCUGGCAGAGACCAUCACGGAGCACGAAGCACGAGUGAGUGUUGAUGUGCAGUGGAGUGGUGGUAGUGGUGGUGAUAGUGGUGGUGGUGGUGGUGGUGGUAGUGGUGGUGGUAGUGGUGGUAGUAGUGGUGGUGGUUGUGGUGGUGGUAGUGGUGGUGGUAGCGGUGGUGGUAGUGGUGGUGGGGCGCACACGCACUGUCCGGUGUUCUUCAUUGGCGAUCUAAACUACCGCCUGGAGCUACUCUCCAUCCAGCUCUCCCCCCUGUUUCCACUCCUACCCUCACCCACAUUCUGUUCCUUCUCCCACAUUCUCUCUCUCCUCCCCCAGUCCUGUUCGCAUGUUCUUCUUUGGCAAUCUCAACUACUGCCUGCCUGGAGCUGCUUUCCCCUCCAACCCCAUUUCCUCUCCUCCCUUCUCUUCUCCCUGCCCUUCUCCCCCAUAUCCUACCGCCUCCCCCGCCCGCCCUUCGCCAGUCGGGUAUUUUUCUUUGGCGACCUCAACUAUCGCCUGGAGCUGCCGGAUUUGGAGGCGCGUGCACUGCUGGCCAAGCGCGACUGGGAGGCGCUGCUGCAGCACGACCAGGGUGGUGCUGCAGUGGGAAGGAAUGAGUGGUGUGCCACUGGGACGUGCGAGCUGCAGCCUUCGUCCUUUCGUCCCAAUGUGGAUACACCACAUGGCAACGGUGCUGCUGCACCUAGUUGGCCAUCUAGCUGCGUUACCUCCCCUCCCCACCUCCCUGCCACUCUCUCUCCUGCAGCUGCGGUGGGAGCUGUCAGAGGGAGGGGCGCUCCCAGGGUGGCACGAGGGCACCAUGUUCUUCGCCCCAACCUACAGGCUACAGGGACUAUGUAUGAGAUGAGGCACUCAAAUGCGCUGCUGCCCUGCCCUCCUCCCUCCCCCUUCCCACAGCUGCGGUGGGAACUCUCAGAGGGUGGGGCACUGCCUGGUUGGCGAGAGGGCCCCAUCUUCUUCGCCCCGACGUACAAGUACGCAGCGGGCAGCAACCGGUACGUGGGGGAGGACGAAGAGGACGGGGAGAAGCGCCGCACGCCCGCCUGGUGCGACCGCGUCCUCUGGUACGACUCGGGUGACGCCACUGACAGCCUCCCCCCCACCAGCUUCAGCAGCCCGAGCCCCAGCACCAACACCACCACCACUGGGAUCACCAGCAGCGGCAGCAUGAGCAGCAUGGGGGGGUAUGCGAGUGAUGCGCUGCAGCUGGUGUCGUACUCGCGGGCGGAGCUGGCCUUGUCGGAUCAUCGGCCGGUGGCGGCGGUGUUUGCAGUGCAGGUGGAGGCGGUGGAGAGAGAGCGGUUUGAUGCGGCUGUUGCUGUGGCGUGCAGACAGCUGGACGAGCGGCAGCAGCUGGCCAUUCCGCAUUUCUCUCUCAGUGCUCAUGCCGUGGAAUUUGGAGAGGUGAGUUGGGGUGUGAAGGUGAGUAGGCACGUCUACAAUGGGGAGACGGUGGCGUGCCGUCAGCUGGACAAGCGCGCCGCAGCUGGCCAUCCCCGCCUGACUUGCUGCUCUCCCUCCCAUGACCCCAUCCCUCACCCACAUCCACCCUCAACGUCUCCCACAUCCCGCUGUUCCCCUCCUCCCUUCUCUCCCUCUCCCGUUCUCAUGCUUCGAACCUUCCCACAUCCCCUCCCCCGUACUCCUCUCCCCGUACCAGGUGCCCUACGCCUCUGCCCUGCCAUCCAUCGCACCGUCAAGCUGCCCAUCUCAGCAUUACCCCCUCCAAACCUGCUUCGCUGCCUCCCUACAUGCGCGCACCCGAUCCCCAUCUCAAACUCCACCACCACCCCUCCCACCACACAUGCACCCAAUCUCCCUCAAACCCAACUCCACUCCCCGUCUCCCCUCCCUCCCCCACCAUGUGCCCUAUGCCUCUGUCAUCCGGCGAACCAUAGAGCUGCACAAUCUCGGCACAGUCCCCGCCCAAUUCUCUCCCUUCCAUCACUCACCCACAUACCCCUCACCCGCUCUCUCCCUCUCCUCUUCCCCCACCAGGUGCCCUACGCCUCUGUGAUCCGGCGAACCAUAGAGCUGCACAAUCUCGGCACGGUGCCCGCGCGCUUCUCCGUGGCCCCUGCAGGCAGCACAGACACCGCAGCUCCCGGCCCUGCUGGGGGGUGUGGGGCAUGGGUGGUGGCAGAACCAGCAGCAGGGGCAGUGGCGCCAGGGCACACUGUGACUCUCAGCCUGCACACCUGGGUGGCUGUGCCGGGCACGAGGGUUGAUCUGCUGGUGGAUCGCGGCGGGCUGCUGGAUUUGAUUCUGGUGGUCGCGAUUGCGGGCGGUGGAGACCUGUUUGUGGCGUGCUCUGGGAGCUACGUGCCCUCCUGCUGGGGCCUGCGUCUGGAGGCACUGGCAGGCCUCAAGGACCCCAUCCGCUCGCUCUCCCUCAACGCCAUCGCCCUCAUUCCCUCCUUUUUGUUCCCUUAUCAUUCCUGCCAUUCCUCUCCCUCCUCUCUUUCCCCACCCCCUAGCCUGGAGGCCCUGGCAGGUCUCAAGGACCCCAUCCGCUCGCUCUCUCUCGACGCCAUCGCCACACGCCAGCGAUCCACCGUCCGCUACAGCCGGGCUACAGCUGCCUCUGCUGCCGGCGGUCACCAGGCCAGCAUCCCAGAAGCUUCCGAAACCGACCCUGAUAAUGACGACCACAAUGACUCCGCUGCUGCAGGCGGGGAGGAUGAUCGGCCGUUAGGAGGAGCGGCACGGGCAGCAGCGCCCCAUGCAUCAGACGCAUUUGAGGUGCCCAAGGAGGUGGCCCGCAUGCUCACCUUCCUCCUAGACUCAGGCCAGGACAUCUCCUCCGCCUUUGACCCUAUUGAUCUCGGCAUCGACCUCUCUCUUGAGCAGGAGGACACCAGUCGGCUCUCUACCGCUGCUGCUCUGGCUGUCGCUGCUGCUGCGGACGCCGUGGGUGCAGUAGCAGGGGCAGUGGGAGCAGCUGCAGCAGACCUCGCAGCUGGAGGAGCCACAAGAGCAGCAGGAGGCGGAGCAGGAGGAGCAGGGGCAGGAGGAGCAGGGGCAGGGGAAGGGGACGGACCGGGGUCAACUCAGUUCCUAGCGGCCAAGGCAGCAGCACUGGGGGCAGUGGCUCAGGAGUUGCAGAUUGCACCCAUCCGUCUCGCACUCGACACCGGCACACCCUUCCCCACCGAAACCUCCCCCCUCACCAUGGCUCGUGCACUUGUCUCUUUCCUUCUAGCCCUCCCUGAGCCUAUAAUUCCUCCGGCUGUGGGGGAGGAGGUGGCACGUAGGGAGGGGUGGGCAAGGGGGGCUGCUGCUACGCUGCUGGCGGAGCGGUUGGGUGCGGUGCAGCUGGGUGUGGUGGACUCGCUGCUGGCUCUCAUCCAAGCUCUGCUGCGGAACCGCAUUGCGAAUCGACUCGCCAUUUAUGAGCUGGGUAUGGUGUACAGUGUACAGUGUUCAUUCACUGGUGUUGCUUAA